AAGCAAGUAAACCUUUUGCAUGCUAGCGACAAACGCAUAUCUUCCAAAAGCUUACAAAUAUUGCCAUAAUCUGCAGCUAGAGCAACGGCUAGAGUGGAACAUACGAAAAACAGCUGUAAUAACGACAACAAAAUUUUUUUUUGGAUGCGUCCAGGCAAAGUGUGAAACUCAUGCGGUGCAGAUCGAAACGAUUCACAGACAGUCCAAAUCCACGGCCAUAGUUGGGAGUCCGCAGCACGCAGCACGUUCCUGAACAAUCUUCGCACACACUAUAUAUAUAUAUAUAUAUAUAUAUAGCUAUAUAUACAAUAUGGAAUCGGCGCUGGAUGUGCUCUCGAGAGCGGCCACCAUGGUGCAGAAUAAUGCGAGUGAAACGCGCCUCACAUCAAAAGAGCUGCCAACCGCCAAGUGGCGACGCGAACGUCGUCAACGAGCCGCCGCCGCCGAAUAUCAAGUUCAUGAUGCUGGCAGCGACAGGGAGCGUGAGCGGGAACGGGAACGGGAUCGCGAACCCGACAUGGACAGCCCCAUUGAUAUGUCCGUGACGUCGAGCACGGUGAAGCAUCAGCGCGCCUCGCCGCCGCCACCGUACCGCGAGCCACAGGGCGGUGCGGCUAGCAGCCAUUGCUAUGCGGCCAGUCGGCCCAGCGUUAUCACGCAAGCGCCUCCAAAGAGGGAACAGCCGGAGCAUGUGCAUCAUCACCACCACUCGCACUCCAGUCGCGAGCAUGACAAUCGCAGUACGGAGUCCGUUUCGAUUUGUGACAUCGAUGAGCAUUUUCGGCGCUCCCUGGGACCGGACUAUGCAGCGCUGUUGAAAUCACCAACAUCUAGUUCGCCCACAUCGUCGCCACAACCACAACCACAGCCGCAGCAGCAACAGCAGCCGUCACAACCGGUGGUGGUGGCUAGCAGUGGAACACCCAUGCAGCAGAUCUCGCCGCAAGGCUAUCGUCAGCAUCAGCCUACAACUUACCAGCAACAACAUCACUCGCCGUUGCCGCUGCCACUGCCCCUGUCCAAGCUGGGCUUGUCCAUCGUGCACUCACCCACGUUGCACUCGGCACCGGUAUCACCACAGCACGAACUGCCGCCGCCACAGGAGGAGCCACUGUCCCUUACACCGCCGCCCGUUCGAGCAGCAUCCGCAUCCGCAUUGACAGCUUCCUCACCGCCGCCGCAACAGUUGUUGCAUCCGUCGCCGCUGUCGGCGACAACGUCAGGCGCCAGCCUUAUUUUAGAUAUGCCCGUAGCGAAGAAAGAGAGAGCCCUGGACACGCCUCAUCAUACACCGCCCAGAUAUAAUACACCACCGCCCGCCUAUGGCAGUGUGCUGGCACCGUCGACGCCAACGCCAACGCCGCCCACAAUGCCAGCAAUAAUACGUGUGAAAGCUGAGCCGGGAUUAGCCGCCGCAUCAUCGACGCAUACGCCGCCCGCCUCGCCUACCUCAUCCACAAACAUUUCGAUAUUCACCAAGACUGAGGCGUCUGUGGACGAUCACUUUGCCAAGGCACUGGGCGACACUUGGAAAAAGUUGCAGGGACAAGGCAAGGAAUAGACAGACGGACAAACAGACACAGAGAGAAAGAGAGAGAUGCAAAUGCGAGGACCAACUCAAAAUGCUGUUCUGAUUUCAAACUACACAAUUGAUGUUUAAAGAUCUCAAAUGAUGAUGAUGUGAAAAAUUCUUCAAAUGCGAGUGUAUUACAAGUUUCUUAUUAUGAUUUUAUUAAUGAAUAUACAUAGAUAUGGAAAAGCGUAUACGUA